AUGAGAAUCUUAAACUUUUCAAUCGCCAUUUCUAAUCAGAUACAACUGGAGGAAGAUAAAAAAAUUUUAAGUCAUGAUGUUAAGGAGAUGAAUAAAUAUAUACAAGAUAUUGAAGGGGGGAUCGCAAGUGAAAUCUCGGGGAUUAAUGCUAAAUUGGAUGAUAUCACUCAAUGGAACAUAGCAUGGCAAAAAAAGUUACUUUCGCGUAACGAAGAUGUCAUAGCGGAUGCAACGAUACCGAUAAGUGAAUUUUAUGAUCCACUUGAAAAAGUUAAACGUGGUAGUAAGAGAUUUAGGCCAUCAUUUAGUCUCGGUGUACCUAUCGAAUGGUCAAAAGUUGCCAAUAGAGCCAUGCAAGAUAGUCCAAGUGCAAGACCUCCUUUAAAAGAUAUCUUUAUGACAUUAAAUAGCAUUUAUCAAAUUUACAAACCGAGAAAAACACCGACUGCUUCACCGAUCUGUUUUCCCUCACAAUUAGAUUUACCGGAUCCUGACGAUUUAGAAUUAUCUUUGGAUUUAAGCGAAUUUGAAGUUGUUACAAUGAGCGUUAAAGAAGCCACGAUGGAACAUAGGAAAAAGAAUGGGAAUAGAUUGAAAGCAUGGAAGGCUUUUUGUCAACAUGCCGAAUUUGGCGAUACGCUUGCAAAAUUGGCCGCUUUAUCUCAUCAACCUAAAGCUCUUGACAUGUGUAAAGCUAAGGGUAUUAAAUUAGCUUGA